ACAGGAUAAACAAAAGCCAAAUUAGAUGGUCAUUUGAGUUUUGUAAAUUCAGUAAAUUUCUCACCUGAUGGUACUACAUUAGCAUCUGGUAGUAGGGAUAACUCUAUUCGUGUAUGGGAUGCUAAGACAGGAUAAUAAAAAGCCAAAUUAGGUUGUCAUUCAUCAACUGUUAUUUCAGUCAAUUUCUCUCCUGAUGGUACUACAUUAGCAUCUGGUAGUCUAAAUAACUCUAUCAGUUUAUGGGAUGUGAAGACAGGAUAAGAAAAAGUCAAAUUAGAUAGUCAUACUAGAGGAGUCAUGUCAGUCUGUUUCUCUCCUGAUGGUACUACAUUAGCAUCUGGUAGUUAAGAUAACUCUAUUUGUUUAUGGGAUGUUAAUACAUAAUAAUAAUAAGCCAAAUUUAAUGGUCAUUCAAGUUGUAUUAGAUCAGUCAGUUUCUCUCCUAAUCUUACUACAUUAGCAUCUGGUGGAGAUACCUCUAUUUGUUUAUGGAAUGCUUAGACAGGAUAAUAAAUAGCCAAGUUAGAUGGUCAUAUUAGGGAAGUCAUGUCAGUCUGUUUCUCCCCUGAUGGUACUACAUUAGCAUCUGGUAGUGCAGAUAACUCUAUCCGUUUAUGGGAUGUUAAGACAGGAUAAUAAAAAGCCAAAUUAGAUGGUCAUUCAGAUUAUGUUAUGUCAGUCAAUUUCUCUCCUGAUGGUACUACUUUAGCAUCUGGGAGUAUAGAUAGGUCUAUCCGUUUAUGGGAUAUUAAGAAAGGAUAAUAAAUAGCCAUAUUACAUCGUUAUAUUAGUGAAGUCACGUCAGUCUGUUUCUCUCCUGAUGGCACUACAUUAGCAUCUGGUUAUAAAGAUAUGUCUAUCCGUUUAUUCGACGUUAAGACAGGAUAUUCUAAAACAAAGGAUGAUCAUCAUUUUGGAUCUGUAUGUUCAGUCUGUUUCUCCACUGAUGGUACAACAAUAGCAUCUGGUAGUUCAGAUAAAUCUAUAUGCUUAUGGGAUGUUAAGACAGGAUAAUUAAAAGCCAAGUUAGAUGGUCAUACUAGUAAAGUCAUGUCAGUCUGUUUCUCUCCUGAUGGUACUACAUUAGCAUCUGGUAGUAGCGAUAAGUCGAUUCGUUUAUGGGAUGUUGAGAAAAGAUAAGAAAAAGUCAAAUUAGAUGGUCAUACUAGUGAAGUCAUGUCAGUCUGUUUCUCUCCUGAUGGUACUACCUUAGCAUCUGGGAGUAUAGAUAGGUCUAUCCGUUUAUGGGAUGUUAACUUUGGAUAAUAAAUCUCACCUUCAAAUACGUGUUACAAAAAUAUACUAGCAUAAUUUUACCCAUAUCAUUUUAAAAAUAACAUUGUUUAAGAAAGUGUUUCCACCAAUGUUUCUAUCCUUUUAAUAUCACAACAACUAAUUUUUUAAUCAUAAGGUGCUCUAAUCUUGAAAGGAGAAUUCCAUAAUUAAACAGCCAUUAACUUAAGAAAGUCGUUCCAAUAAAGAGGAAGUUUAAUUCUAGAUAAUUACAUAGAGUUUAAAUAAAUUUCUAAAGAUAAUUGA